AUGGUGGAGGACACGAUUGAGGUAUUUAUGGAUGAUUUCUCUAUGGUAGGUGACUGGUCUGAUGAUUUUUUGAUGCAUCUGGCCGAGAAAGGUAUUGAGGUUGAUAUAGCCAAUGUCGAGGUAAUAGAAAAUCUUCCACCACCUAUAUCUGUAAAAGGUGUUCGGAAUUUUCUUGGGCAUGCCGCAUUUGGAGAGUUGAAAGAAAGGUUAGUAUCAACACCUAUAAUUAUUUCACCGAAUUGGGGGCAACCAUUUGAAAUGAUGUGUGAUGCGAGUGGGGUGGCAUUUGGUGUGGUAUUUGGACAGAGGCUAGAGAAGAUUCUUCAUCCUACUUACUCUGCUAGCAAAGCUCUGAAUGUGGCUCAGAAGAACUAUAUUGUGACUGAACAGGAACUCUAUGCUGUGGUGGGUAUUGUUGCUGUAAGAGCUCGAUUUGAGGUGACGGAUAGAAAGGGAACGAAAAAUCAGGCUGCCGACCAUUUGUCAAGAUUGGAGGAGGAAGCUAUGCUCUAUUUAGGAAAUGGGGCUGAGAUUAAUGAUGCAUUCCCAAAUGAAUAG